AUGAGUUUCGAUUACACAUCCAAUGAGGUCUUCGGACUCAACUUCAAGCAGCAUGAUGCAAGAAGUAUUCGCCAUAUUUUGAAGCACUAUGGAACAUUACCAGAAAAUCAUGGUGAUCGAAUUGCACUAUUUCUUUGCUUACAGACUCUAGAGAAGGACCUUGAUCUAGAGGAAUGCGACAAAAUCAAGGAAUGGCUGAACAACGGUGGUGAGCUUCCACCCAGACGACCUGCAAGUCCCGUGAUCGCAUACGCGGAAGAGUCUGGUAAAGAGCUUCAGGAAGGAGAAUAUGGAGAAGAUGGAGAAGAAAGUGAUGAUGAUGAGGAAACAGAAUCGGAAAACACUGAGGAUCAGGAUAGUGGUUCGGAAAAUUACGAUGAAAACGGAUGGCGUAAGACACCAGGUGAGGUCUGGUAUGGCUUUGACUUAGAUCCUACCCACCCAGAUAACCCAGAACGUCGCAAUCACCUACUCGACUACGAAUCACCAUCGCCUGAGCCUGAAGAUCCCGAUACACAAGAUGACGAGGAUGAUGAAGAUGAUGAAGAUGGUGGGGAUGACGGGGAUGAUGAGGCUAGUGAGGUUGACGAGGUUGAUGAAAUUGAUGAGGCUAAUGAGGCUAACGAGGCUAAUGAGAUUGAUGAGAUUGAUGAGGUUGAUGAGGUUGAUGAGGUUGGUAAGGUUGGUAAGGCUGAUGAGGCUGAUGAGGCUGAUGAGUCUGAUGAGUCUGGUGAUGAGGGUGAUGAGGGUGAUGAGGGUGAUGAGGUUGAUGAGGUUGGUGAGCUCAAUGAGGAUGAUGAGAUUGAUGGAGAUGAUCCACUCGAGUUUGCCUCGGAUGUUGGAUUUACGCCUAGAGUCCACGUGGAAUGUGCCAUAUGUGCGGAGAUGGUUCCGGGAUCUAAGACCUGGGGACGCAUCACAAAAGAUUGCGAGCACCCAGAUGUGUGGCGUACGUGCAGGGCAUGCCUCAACACAUCUAUUACUGAAGCUAUGGAGAAUGGAUUAUUGAAUGGCGUCAAGUGCCCUCUAUGUCCCGCUGUACUCACUUACCACAACAUUUUGACCAAAGCUUCUGCGAAAGUAUUUAAACGUUAUGCGUACUUGCAUGAAAGGGCUUCGAGACCAGAUAAUUUCAUCAUGUGCCUAGGUCUUCAUUGCGGUGCAGGUCAGAUCCACGAAGGUCCAGAGCCAUUGAUGAUUUGUAACCAAUGCAAAUUCAAGACUUGCGUCAAACAUAAGCUACCAUGGCACGAAGGACAGUCGUGCGAUGAUUUCGAUGUCGAUGACUCACAAAUCGAGCGUUUGGAGCAGGAAGAGGCCACAGCAAAGUUGUUGGCGCAUGACUCCAGAAUCUGCCCGCAAUGCCAAGAGUGUGUCUAUAGAGACGAAGGUUGUGAGCACAUGCUAUGUCGCUGUGGAAAAUCAUGGUGUUACCUUUGCGGCGCCGACUGGGAAAACAUCCUUCGGCUUGGUAAUACAGGCCAUGGCAGACACUGUCCUCAUCGCCCCGACUCUAAAAAGCUCAAUAUUUACCAGAUCGCAGCCCGCGAGACCCAACUCACACAGCUGGUACACGGUGGACCUGUUUCCGAGCGUCUGAGCCAAGCCAGAGACGCGAAGAACGCAGCAAGAAGAGCCGAAAUGAUACCUUUGGCAUUAGCCGCUGCAGAACAGAGGAAGAGUGAACAGGCGUUGGAAAAUUCAUUAUCGGGUUCUAGUACACCUGAACGUCCAAGAAAGAAGGUAAAAUUAGUCCCUGCAUGGUCGGAAACUUAG